ACCACCACCUUCAGAGAGCCCGUGGAUGCCGAAGGAGGUGGACGUUUGAGGUGGAACGCCACUACUCUGCACCUUGACUUAACCUGCCCUACUUUUUGACCCCCCUGUGAUCUGACCUGACCUGACCUCUGAAAUGGGCCGAGGCGAUGGAAAAGGUGGAGGAGCAACUUGCUGUGUUAUGACCUUCGUGGGGUUCUUCGUCCUCGUCACCGUUGGCCUCGCCGUCACCUGGAUCAGCAUCGGCUUCGUCUACCUCCACGCUUGCCCGCUGGAGCCCUUCAUCCCCGUGUUUCUAAUUGUUCACGGGUUUACAUGGCUCAUUGGGUUUGCCAUGGAAUUAAUGAUCUACUACAAGUACAUAUGCUCCGACCAACGCUCCCUCCGCCUGACGGUGAUCCGCGCACACUUAUAUCUUUUCCACUUCGCCUGGGAGAUUGCAGGCAGUGUGUGUGUGUUCCGCGCGGCCAGCGAGCAACGCCAAGCCACUGAGGGGACGGAGACCUGUGACCCAGUCGUCUACAACACCGCCCUCGUCCACGUCAUCUUCAUGUACGUCGUCUUGGGCCUCUCCAUCCUGAUCAAGAUGUGUUGCUGUUUCUGCUGCGAUUCGGAUUCAGAUAUUCAUGAUGUUUUUCAAUAAAUAUAAAAAAAAAGAAUAGAAACAUGAAAUAAUUAAGAUACAAUGAUAAAAGAAAGCCUUAUAAGGUUGGUACAGGUAGUGCUGACGGCCAGGUCAAGUAUAGAGGGGUAUCGUCACAUUCAUAGAACGUGAAGAACCAAAUUUUGAAAUGAGCUUUUUUGUUAAGACCUCUCGGAUGUUUUUUUUAUGUUAUAAACUACUACAAUAAAAUAAAAUAAGAUGUGGAUUUUUUGUUAUAUACCCUAUGAAGCAAUUGUCGGUGAAUAAAAAAUAUAAAUAGAAAUGUUCACGGCAUCUCAUCCUGGACGAUGAUUGGCUGGCGUCUCGAUAAGCUCCGCCCCUUCCUCGAGCCUAAUUAAGCCCCGCCCCAUCCUCGUUGUCUGCCCAAACCGACGACUUCACACACCUCACUCCCACCCUGUUUCCUGACCCCAACAUUCAUUUUUACGAGAAACUGAGACCACCAUCAUCUUCCUGAGAAAAUUCUGCAUCACGCUAUCAUAAAAUUGCAACAAUAAUGUAAAAUUACACAUACGAAAAUCAGAGUUAAGUGAACUAUGGAGUACACAUUUUCUUGCACUUAUUUCCCUUCAGAUCCUUAGAACUUAGCCGGUUUUCGUCGCACUAUUUUUUUAAGCACAGAUCCUGAACCUGCAUGCUUUUCUGCUUCUGAUGAUAUGUGGUGCGUCCCGAGGUAAGAAUAUGCAUAGGCUCAAAAUCGCCUCUGAACA